AUGUUCAGUUUUCACGUGCCGGCCGGUAGUAGUAGUAAUAGUAGUAGUAGUAAUAGUAGUAGUAGUAGUAAUAGUAGUAGUAGUAAUAGUAGUAGUAGUAGUAAUAGUAGUAGUAGUAGUAAUAGUAGUAGUAGUAGUAAUAGUAGUAGUAGUAGUAAUAGUAGUAGUAGUAGUAAUAGUAGUAGUAGUAGUAAUAGUAGUAGUAGUAGUAAUAGUAGUAGUAGUAGUAAUAGUAGUAGUAGUAGUAAUAGUAGUAGUAGUAGUAAUAGUAGUAGUAGUAGUAAUAGUAGUAGUAGUAAUAGUAGUAGUAGUAGUAAUAGUAGUAGUAGUAGUAGUAGUAGUAGUAGUAGUAGUAGUAGUAGUAGUAGUAGUAGUAGUAGUAGUAGUAGUAGUAGUAGUAGUAGUAGUAGUAGUAGUAGUAGUAGUAGUAGUAGUAGUAGUAGUAGUAGUAGUAGUAGUAGUAGUAGUAGUAGUAGUAGUAGUAGUAGUAGUAGUAGUAGUAGUAGUAGUAGUAGUAGUAGUAGUAGUAGUAGUAGUAGUAGUAGUAGUAGUAGUAGUAGUAGUAGUAGUAGUAGUAGUAGUAGUAGUAGUAGUAGUAGUAGUAGUAGUAGUAGUAGUAGUAGUAGUAGUAGUAGUAGUAGUAGUAGUAGUAGUAGUAGUAGUAGUAGUAGUAGUAGUAGUAGUAGUAGUAGUAGUAGUAGUAGUAGUAGUAGUAGUAGUAGUAGUAGUAGUAGUAGUAGUAGUAGUAGUAGUAGUAGUAGUAGUAGUAGUAGUAGUAGUAGUAGUAGUAGUAGUAGUAGUAGUAGUAGUAGUAGUAGUAGUAGUAGUAGUAGUUCAACCAUCCCAAGCAAC